CCUCAAUCCCACAAACUUCCCCUUACCUUCUCUCUUCUCUGUUUCUGCAUUUUGGGAUUGUUUGUUAAGAGGAAGUUUUGAAUUUCUCCUUCUACCAAAAUGAUGCAGACUUUGAAUCCUUACCCUUCAACCUCAAAAACAGCUGAGAUCAUGGCUAGAUACAGGCCUAUAGCACCAAAGCCAGAGGUUCCAACAAGUCCUGUUUCUGAAAAUAAUCCUAGUGGCUUGCCAGCAAAUAUUAACAAAUCUCCUUUCUUGAGGAAUGUAUGGCCUCAGUUGCAAGCAAGGCCUACAAGAACUAGGAAGAGAGGAAGAACUGCCCUUGGUCCACCUACUAUGAAAAGAGCCAGAACUAAUUACCUUCCUGCAGUCCAAUUUCCUCAUUAUCAGGUAAUGGCUGCUUCACCUGCUCAUAGACCAAAUGCGGUUCCCCACUUCUCUAUAAUCCCAAAUCUUGUCCCUCUUAAAUGUGGCUUGGGUACCCCUGUCACAACUCCAGCAAAUUCAAUAGCACUCCCUCUUCUUUCUUGUACUACGAUAAAUCUUCCUAUGCUAGUUACUGAGAAAAGCUCUGGAGAGGAAAUUAGAGGGAUAGAUUUGAACUUGGCAGCUGAUGUUCCUGAAGAAUUAGAUUUCAUGCCACAGUUAAUGCAAGGAUCCACUAGUCCUAAGAGCCGUGGCGUCAUUACUCCACGGCCAGUGCGUCCAGUUGGGUCAAGUAUUUCAAUUGGGUGUAUCAAUGAGGAGGCUCCAGAUGGUGGAACUAACAAGAAAUGUAUGAAAAAGCCAGAGGAAGUGGAGGAAGAAGUUGAAGCAGAGGCCUUACCAGCUGUUAUAUCAGACUCGAAUAACAAAGUAAGGCUAACAAAUUCAGCAUACAAAGAAAUGGUGGGUCAACCUGAAUGUUGUUGGCUGGACUACAUGCGUGGCAAUGCAUGCAAGAGAAUUGGUGGGGAAGUGAUGCUUGAGUUCUUGGAUUCAAAAAGUGUGCCAAUGUCAUCUGAUGGAUUUACUUGUUGGGUGAAGAUAGAAUGGGGAGCUGACAAAGGGAAAAAGAAUUCUGUUAAAGCUUUUUGCAAUGCUGUGAGGUUAGCUUGUCAGUCCAAGGAUUAUCUCUUUGAGUGGAGGUUUCAUACCACAGAUGAUGAUGCUCCUGAAUCUGCUUCCAGUAUCUAAACAGUUUUCCAAGUGUAAAUAUAGGUAACUCGUUUAAUGUUGUAGAGUAAACCUUAUGCCAUAUAGUAGCAGUGUAUAAAGAGUAGCAAAAUGAGUGUUAGUUAAUUAUGUUUGAUAGUUGUUUCCAGCUUUAAGUGCGACAUGCGAAAUUGUAUAUCUGCAAUGACCCUACGAGUACAAAGCUAUAUGCCAAUGUCAAGUUUAUAAGCUA